GCGCUCCCGAGUGUGACGUAAGCGGUGACGUUCUUCAAACUUCCAACGGAUUUAACGGAAACUACCGAUCUAAAUGUGAAGAGUCGAUGAUUUUCAAGCGUACAAUAUGCAGGACACAAAUGAGCUGGAGGAUGAGGAGUCUGUUCAUUCUCCAAAGGAGCACAAUGUUCGUAUGUGGAACAUGUUCAUUUCCAUGACUUGCCUGGCAGCAGUACUAGUGGCUCUGUAUGAGCUGUUUUUCAACUCUACUGUCCAGGCACUCAUCUUCAUCAGAUACUCUCUUGAUUUGAUCUUUAUCUUGAACAUCAUUUCACGCUUUUACAUUGGAUAUGAAACCCAUGGAGUGGUUAUAACAGACCCUAAAAAAGCCCGGAAAAAAUACCUCAGGACUUGGUUUUUAUUGGAUCUCUUGUCUGUUUUACCCCUUGAAACAAUAAAAGUGUCUAUCUCGGAGCUAAGGUUUAUACUUGCAAAUAGAUGUCUGAGAGUGUUCAGACUGUUUGGCAUAAUAUCCUCGUUCAGUAAGGAACCAGACACUAACAAACUUCAUCUGGCGGUUCUCAAUUCGUUUUCCAUUAUGGUUCUGUGUAUACACACCUCAGCAUGCAUUUGGUUUCAUCAGGCAUGUGAUGCAGCUUAUGAUGGCCAUGACAGGUAUUGCCCCAAAGAGGAGAACUGGUUGCAGCUGCUACCAGAUUUUUCAGCCAAUUCAACAGGAGUAAAAGACAUGGAGUUCUAUGCUACCUCAGUUUACUGGUCAACCAUCACACUAUGCUCCAUAGGCUAUGGAGACAUACAUGCCACAAAUUUGGAAGAGGCCACAGUUGCAUCGCUUGUGAUGGUGGUUGGAUUUCUUGCCUUUGGAAUCAGCAUGUCUAGUUUGAGCUCAGUUAUAAGCAACAUGAUGGCUCAAAGAGGAAGAUUUUACCAUAGAAUGGAGGCUGUUCAUCAUUACAUGAGGCAUAUGGAAUUGCCAGAGGAAAUCCAGUUGUGGGUGCACGACUAUUAUUACCAUCUUUGGUACCACCACAAGGGUCGCGUCAUUCAAGGACUCUUGGACGGUCUCCCGUUUGUCCUGCAUUCAGAUGUUUCAAGUUGUUGUCACAAAUCUCUGUUUAAAAAAGCCAAGAUGUUCAGAGACACAGAACAUGGCUUUAAAAGGGCUUUGUCACUGAGAUUAAAAACCUACAUGUACAGUCCUGGACAAGUUCUGGCUAAAACUGGAGAAAUUAAUCAAAAUCUGUAUUACAUUAAGCAUGGAUUUCUACAGGUUCUUUGUAUGGAUUCUGGGAAUGAGAUUGCAAAAUUGCUACCUGGCACAUUGUUUGGAGAGACCCUUUUGCUGUACAAAAUCCCUAGAAAUGUUACAGUGCGAACAUUAACAUUGUGUGAAAUUACCGUUUUGAAACGCAAGGAAUUGCUUUCACUCUUUAUUGACUACCCUGAAGCUGGUGCUAAGAUUGUCAGAAUUCCCAAGACACGUAUUCAAAAUUUCAAGCAUCCCCUACAAGAAGCAUGUGGAGUUGCCUACCUCCCCAAAAAUGUUGCAUUUGACAAGAAGCAGGCCAUGAAUCUUAAGACAAGGGAGCAGAGGAUUUUUGUCGCAUCCUUGGAACAUGUUUCAAACCAGCCUCCUCAAGUUGAGGUGUUUUGGAAGAGAACUUUACAGCCUGACAGUGCUUUUGUAAAGUCCUGGAAGAACUUUUUUUUCUGGUGCAUCACUGUUUCAGUUUUCCUGAAGACAUGGGUGUUUUUUUUCACCAACAAUGCAGACCUAAAGGGGCUCUUCAGUGGAGGCUGGGGUGUCUAUUACCUUGCAGCUGAUUGCCUGGUUAACAUUGUUGCUUUAUUUGACAUCCUGGUGAAUAUCCGCACUGCCGUGUUUACAGAAGAUGGACUUGUAACAGAUUUUGCAAUAAUAUUUCAAGUGUAUCGAAGGUCUUGGGACUUGUAUUAUGAUGUCCUUGCAGCUUUACCCUUAGAAUUGAUAUAUUUUGCCUUCGGCGGUACAGAACACUUGAGAAUUUUUGGCCUAAUCAAGCUGAUUCUGAUUCACAAGAUCUAUAAGCAUUUCUGUCAAAAUGAACGUGACAUCUAUAAGAACAUAUUUGAACAAAGAAUAGCAAAAUGCCUCUUCAUCUUGAUUUUCUGUGUGCAUUUUUGUGCUGGCUUAAUGUACCUGUCAGCAUGCCAUGAAGAAAGUUGUAAUGAGGAAUCAUGGGCAUGGAAUGCUGGACUUAAACCUACUCAGUCCAAAUUUGAUCAGUAUAUAUAUGCAGCAUAUUGGACAGCUACGACUAUCACAAGUGUUGGAUAUGGAGACAUCGUUCCUGGCUCUUUGGUUGAACAAUGUCUGGCAGCAGUUGUUGGUCUUAUUGGCUUGCUGAUUCUUAACUAUAUUGUUAGCCAAAUGUCUGCCACAUUAUCUGGUGAAAAUGCUAACAGGGUGAAUUUCCAGAAUCUUUUUUUAGAAAUGCAUCACUUCAUGGAGCGACAUAAACUCAAAGCUUCCCUACAGAUCAGAGUCAUGAAUUAUAUGAAUCUCCUGUGGUCCAAAUAUCAAGGUGAAGCUUCCCCAAGAGGAAAAUUUUUAAUGUACGACUUGCCAAUUGAACUUCAACAGAAUGUCGUAAUGGCAAAGAGAGGGGAGCUUCUGUCACAGAUUCCUUACUUCGCAGAAGCUGGAGAGACAUUUCUGCUGGACCUUACUUUAAAUUCAGUUUUGUACUUUUUUCCUAAAGGGGAAAUCAUCCAGUACACUAAUACUUUUACAAGAGAACUAUUUUGCAUUCUGAGAGGAUCAUGUCAGUGUUUGAAUGAUGACCUUUCAGAAGUUGUUGGAUAUUAUCACAAAGGAAUGUAUUUUGGAGAGGAAGGUUUUUUAUUUGGAAAAAAAACCACAUUGACAGUACAGGCUAAGACAUGCUGUGAAAUUGUAGUAAUUGAUUUUGACAAGGUCAGAGUACUUCUUGAGAAAUAUCCCCUUUUUAAAAGGCAAAUUGAAGAAUUCCGAUCAAAAUGCUCCGAGAAGUUGAUGGAGACUGCAGCGAAAGUACUGAAAAGGCAAUUCAAAGACCAAGAAUCUGAUGCUGUGGAGAAUCAAAAAGCCCCAUUGACAUUUCAUGGCUGUAGAUAUUCCAAGAAAUCAAAAUGCUAUGUGGAGGACUUUGGAAACAUUCCAAUAUAUGCUGGAUCAGAGGUGGAGACCAUUGAAAUGAAACGGUUCAAAGAUCGGCCAAAAAAUUUAAUGGAACACAUUUUAUAUUUCUUCUUGAGGACAUGCCCAUCCAUUUUCUUAAUGAGGAGUUCCAUUCUGCCCAGCAGCGAAUUUUAUGUUAGAUGGGAGUUUUUCCGGAGCAUGAUAGCUGUCACCGUCAGCAUCAUUUCCUCGUUGCUUUUUACAUUUCUACACUUCAGAAUGGAGCUGUGGAUUGUUUCUUACAUACUUGGAUUGUUUUGUUGGGUGGACAUCUAUCUCCGCAUGCAUUUCGCUUUCUAUGAAGGCAAUGAUCUCAAAGUUGACACUGUGGCAACAGCACAUCAUUAUAUCAAAACCGGGUUCCUUAUGGAUUUCAUAACCUGUUUUCCUUGGGAACUUGUGGGUUGGAUUAUGAUUUCACCAUUUAGUGAGAAUGGAUUUUAUGCCAAUAAUGAAGCACUGCAUCUUUAUGCAUGCUUAAGGAUUCCACAUAUUUUUCAGUUAUAUCGCAUUCCCUUUGUAUUUUCAUUCUUGCAGGCUAACAUUGCGUCAGAAACAAACAUUGUUUGUUUUUUGAAGUUGUUCUUAUAUUUUACUCUUUUUGUGCACUUCAGCACUUGUCUUGUCUUUGCAAGUGCAUGCCCUUUAGCAGACUUUUAUGGAAACACGAGUAAUUAUUUAUUACCAGUGAUAAAGCACAACUGUACACCAUUGUCCUGGGUGACACACUUGGACACCUCAUUUGAUGUACAAUUUGAUUCUGUUACUUUCCAGCAGCUGUAUUUAAUGAGCUUGUACUAUGUCACUGCAACAGUAUGUAGUGUUGGAUUUGGGGACAUCCAUCCAUACACAACUUCAGCGAAAGUUUGGAUGAUUUUCAUCAUGAUUUCUGGGACACUGUUUUGUGGCUGGUUAUCAGGCACUAUUACUGCUUUGCUGGCGAACACAGAUGCUAUGAGAGCUGCUUAUACAGAGAAAACUGAGAGCAUGAAACUAUUCUUGAAGAGCCACAAAAUAACUGGGCCUUUAUAUGACAGAGUAAUUGGAUUUUAUACAUUCCGAUGGAUGCGCACAAAAGGAUUUGAUCAGGAUAAACUGUCUGAGUAUUUGCCCUCUUCACUAGUCAGUGAUAUUUCAACAGUUCUUUAUUCUGAUUUUAUAGCAAAGGUGUUUGGUCUUAAUAUCCAUAGGAAGUCUGAGACAUGUCAUUUGUCUCCUACGGCAAUCACCAAAGCAGGGAAACUCGAUGGGCCAUUUUUUGAGAAGAUCCUAACAAAGGAGUCUCUGGAACAAUUAAAAAAUGAUGGAUGCUUCAUUCGCUUAUUAGCCAGAAGUAUUUCACAAACCCUGUACAGAGCCGGCGAUCUCAUAUUUAUGAAAGAUGACAUUGCAUCAGAGAUGUAUUUCAUCGAUGAGGGAGAAGUGGCGGUUUUAUCAAAUAAUGAAUCAGCAGUUCUUUUCAAACUAAACCCUGGACAGUAUUUUGGUGAGAGAACUUUCCUGUUAGGAGAACCAAGACCUUCCACAGUAAGGGCUGAGACAAACUGUGACUUGUAUGUGUUAUCAAAGGCAAGCCUUGAUGAGGUAUUGAAGCAUUAUCCUAAGAUUUACGAGGAAAUGAAUAGCAACGCUAAAACAAUAAAACAACUGUUACCAAAAGAAGAUCAUCCGAGAAAGAAAUUUACAAAGCCUGACUCUGCAGAACAGACUUUCCUUCGAGCUGGAUGUGCAAAACUCUAUAGGGAUAAAAUGGCCGAGGAGGAGCACAGAGCUAAACUCCGUUCACGUCCUUUGGUCAUAAGACUGUGCACAUCAAUCUCAUCAAUGCUCAUCCAAUUUUUCCUGAAGAUUUUCAACAACAUGAGAAGUGUACACAACAAAACCAUUGUUCCUGAGAACAGUUUUCGAGUGGUCUAUCAGUACACAUCUUGUCUGCUGAUCACAAUUGUUUUCUGGGCAAUAACAUUCAUGCCUGCUGUGUUUGAUGUUAACUGGUAUUUGUUAUUGCUCACACAAGUUGUUGAGUUCCUUCAGAUAUGUGAGAUUUUCCUGAAGUUUCACUUUUCUUAUUAUAAUACCAAAGGAACAUGUAUUUCAGAUUACAGAUCAGCGUCCCGUAACUACUUGAAUAGAAAAUUGGGAUAUGUCUUUGAUAUGGUCUGUUCAUUUCCAUAUGGCCUUCUAGUUAUGCACCAUAUGAAAAAGGAGCCUGCAGAUUUCCUGCCUAUGAUUAUUUAUGUCCGGAUUGGUCACUUGCCACGCAUUAUUUCACUAUUAGUUUUUAUGUGGAAAGAAGAACAGUCAAUAACAUCCAAUGUUCUGUACAUUAGGAUGAUCAAGUACUUUGUACACUCGAUCCUUUUUGUCCACUGUGCGACAGUGCUCUGCAUUUCAUUUGUUGAAAGUCAUGGAGUAAUGUCAUGGAUUACCGAAACAGAGAUCUAUGACUUCACUGAAAUGUAUAGAUAUGCUACGUACUGGUUAUUACAAAUUUACACAACAACAGGAUAUGGUGACAUAAAGGCAACACACUUUGGAGAAGUGAUGGCAUGUGUUUUGCUAAUGAUUCUGUCUAAAAUUCAAGUGAUUUAUAAAAUCGGACUUCUUGUCGCUACACAAACAAACAAGAUAACAAAGCAGGAAGCCUUUGAGGAAAAACUGCAGACUAUUCAGGGGUACAUGAAGCAUGAGAGAAUCCCCUCUACAUUACAAAAUCGGGUGACGAGGUUCUACAGUUAUCAGUGGAAUCGCACUAGAGGGACAAGCACAGAGGUUUUAUUCAAAGGCAUCCCCCGCUCUUUGAAAAUUGAGAUUGUGUCAAGAAUCUGCAUACAGUAUUUCAAGAGGCAUGAGUUUUUCUCCCACUUUACAGAACCUCUCCUGAGGGAACUUUCCACAGGAAUUUUCUUCCGAUGUUUCCCUGCUGGGGAAUAUAUUUACAGAAAGGGAGACAUUUGCACUGCAAUGUAUGUGAUAAUAAUUGGCAAGGUUAAUCUGUGCCUGGACACAAAAGGUAAAAACACAUUUCAGCGUCUCUCUGCUGGAGCAGCUUUUGGUGAUCAUGCUUUACUGCAAACUAAACACCAUGAGACUGCUGUAGCCGCAAACUAUGUGGAUAUUGCUAUACUCUCAAAAGACUCUUUGUACAAUCUGGACCUCUUAUAUCCAGCUGCUAUGAGCCAUGUGCUAAAGAAAGCAUCUGAUAUUCUACAGCUGUAGCAUACUUGUCACGCUUCUUUACUGCGACUGAUAGUAGUUAGUUGAUCAAAUAGAUAGCUGUGUGGUAGGUAUAUUGUUAAGUGCGAGUGCAAGUCCAUAUUAUUUUAUCUGCUAUGGUAGAUUUUGUAAUGUAAUGUUAAUGUAUAGAGUGAUGCUGCUGAUAAAAGCAAUAGUUGUUCAUUUGUCAUGUUCUAUUUGUCCGACUAAAUAAAAUUUCCACAUGAAAUAAAAAUCUUCAAAAUUGCA